ACAUUGAAAUGGGUCUGAAGUUGUUGUCAAACGAGCAUCCCUCCAUCCCCGCGGGCGCACAACGAGGACCCCUCGUCUUGUCUUUUUGCUUCAGCUCCGCCGGCGUCCGAAAACCCCGCAGCUCCAUCGGUGACGGUGUCACAACAGCUCCAACCAGAGACCCCCAGCAGGCGCCCGGGUGCAGAAGACGAGGCUUCCAGCGCGGCCGGUCAACAUGGGACGGCCGCCCCAUGCGCCGCUGGUGAUAUUCCUCCUCUGCUGCCUUGCUCAGACAAACGCAUGGACAGCGUGUCGAGCCACGCAGUUCCAGUGUGGGAACAGGAAAUGCCUCACGGCCAGAUGGGUGUGUGACGGCACAGACGACUGCGGAGACAACACCGAUGAACUUCCCGGCACCUGCGCGGCCAAAACGUGCAGGCCGACCGAGUUCCGCUGUGCGGGUCGCCUGAACCAGUGCGUGCCGAGCAGCUGGCGCUGUGACGGAAAGGCUGACUGCCAGAAUGGAGCUGAUGAAGAAGGCUGUGCGCCGAAGCAGUGCACGGACGGGGAGUUCCGCUGCACGAACGGUCAGUGCGUGUCGUCCUCCUUCGUGUGCGACGAGGAGGCGGACUGCGACGACGGCAGCGACGAGGCCUCCUGCCGCCCCGCCACCUGCAGCGCCACGUCCUUCCGGUGCAGCAACGGCGUGUGCGUGCCCCGCCUGUGGGCCUGCGACGGCGACACCGACUGCGCCGACGGCUCCGACGAGUGGCCCCAACACUGUGGCACGACGGCGCCGAACUCCGCUGCCGCUCAUCAGUGCUCGUCGCUGGAGUUCCGUUGCGGCAACGGGGAGUGCAUCCACAGCAGCUGGAAGUGCGACGGGGGAGCCGACUGCCGCGAUCGCUCGGACGAAGUCAACUGCUCCCUUUCCACCUGCCGACCCGACGAGUUUCAAUGCGGCGACGGCACUUGCAUCCACGGCAGCCGCCAGUGCAACCGUCAGUACGACUGCCAGGACCUGAGCGACGAAACGGGCUGCGUCAAUGCCACCCACUGUGACGGCCCGAGCAGAUUCAAGUGCAAAAGUGGGGAAUGCAUAAGCAUGGAGAAGGUGUGUGACACUCGGCGUGAUUGCAGGGAUUGGUCAGAUGAGCCACUUAGGGAUUGUGGCUCCAACGAGUGCUUGUACAACAACGGCGGCUGCUCUCAUAUUUGCAACGAUCUGAAGAUCGGCUACGAGUGCCUGUGUCCCGCUGGGUAUCACCUGGUUGAGAAAAGGCGCUGUGAAGAUAUUGACGAGUGCGCCAACCUGGACACCUGCAGCCAGAUCUGCAUCAACCAGAUCGGCAGUUACAAAUGCCAAUGCGAGGAGGGCUACCAAGUUGACCCCGCGACCAAAGCCUGCAAGGCCAUCGGUACGAUAGCCUACCUUUUCUUCACAAACCGCCAUGAAGUCCGAAAGAUGACUUUGGACAGAAGUGAAUACACCAGAAUAAUUCCUCGUCUAAAGAACGUCGUGGCUAUCGACAUGAACAUGGCCGCCAAUGAGAUCUACUGGUCAGACAUCUCCCAGAAGAAGAUCUACAGAGCUCCAGUGGACUCGGCCGAAGACCCCGCUCAUCACCGCGUGGUGAUCGGGAGUGACGUUGACGCUCCCGAGGGCAUCGCUUUCGACUGGAUCCACGGUAACCUGUACUGGACCGACAGCAUCCGCAGGACCAUCUCCAUGGUAACUGCUGACGGCAGCCGCCGCAAGACUCUCUUCGACCAAGACUUAUCCAAACCUCGCGCUAUUGUGCUCGACCCCCACAGCAACUUUAUUUAUUGGACUGACUGGGGGAACGCCGCUAAGAUUGAGAUGGCAGGUCUUAACGGGGGAGACAGAACUGCUCUGGUCACUGACAACAUCGAGUGGCCUAAUGGAAUUACACUUGAUCUGUUGAACCAGCGGCUCUACUGGGUGGACUCUAAGCUGCACACCCUCUCCAGCAUCAGUGUGCAGGGCGGCGGUCGACGCACCCUCAUCAUCGACGAACACAAGCUGGCUCAUCCGCUGAGCCUCACUGUGUUUGAGGAGAGUGUGUUUUGGACAGACGUCAGUAACAAUGCCAUCUUCAGUGCGAACAGGGUGACCGGUGAGGACAUCACACCAGUGGCAGAGCACCUAUCUUCACCGGAUGAUAUUAUUCUCUACCAUAACCUCAAACAACCCACUGGGCGGAAUUGGUGCGAGAUAUCCGGCUGUGAAUUCCUGUGCCUGGCCGCUCCUCAAGUGGGCGGACAUGCCCCCAAGUACACCUGUGUCUGUCCAGACAACAUGAUGUUAGCGAGGGAUAUGAGGACAUGUGUACCUGCUGUGCCAACACCUGCAGCCCCCGUUCAGCCAACCGAGUCACCCAGCACCACAUCUAAGCCCCAUGUCCACGCCACGCUGAGGCCCGCCACCGGGCCUGUGCCACGCGGCACCAAGCCUCCUGUGAGGACCACCACACCUGAACCAAGGACCCCGUCUCCAAGGCCCACGAACCCUGAAAUCCCAAAGACCACAACGGGGUCUCCGGUCACCUCUCCAGAUUUCAAACAUCGAUUCGUUGCAGCUAUACCCAGCACCGCCUCCCCAGCCCCAAUCUCUCUGUAUAUUGCACUACCUCUGGCACUCGUUUGCCUGGUGGCUGGCGGUGGGGUGCUGCUGUGGAGGAACUACAGGCUGAAGAACACCAACACCAUUCAUUUUGACAACCCAGUCUAUCAGAAAACCACAGAGGACCAAGUGCACAUUUACAGGAGCCACAGCCCCGACGGCUACUCCUACCCUAAAAGACAAGUUGUGAGCUUGGAGGAAGAGACAGACAAUCCUGCCUUCACAGAAAACUGAAAAAUGUCGGAAGUGGAACGAAGAGCCUCAAUGAUAAGCCACAUCGGAUGUCCUUUUUCUCUUUUGUACACAGCACAAAGACGUGGCAGUCAAAGCCAUGAUCCAAACCACUAUAUCCUCAAAGAUGGAAAGCGCUCUAGUGGAAAAAAAACAGGGUGAAACCUUAUUUUUAGGUUUUUAGAUUGUAUCUCCACUAGGUUGGCCUCGGUCCCUUUUUAUCCAAAACAUACCAAUCAGCAGAAGUUGGAUUUCACAAUCAAAUGUUUUUUGUAGCUUUUAUCCCGAUUGUGAGUGUGAUGAUACAGCUACAUGCAUCCGUUUAACUGAGCUCAUUUACAGCAACGCGGCAUUCCCUGUGAUGUGUGUAAGGAACACAGGCUAGCUGUUUCCCUCUUUUUCCAGUAUUUAUGCUAAGCUAAACCAAGCUAAGAGUGUGGAUUCGGUCUGUUCAUUGAACUGUCUGCAGAGAAGUCAAACAGAGUUCCCUGAAUAUCUCUUUAUUCGUCUGGAACAACCGCAACCAGCGUUCCUCGCCAGCUGUCUUCUGUUUUCAGAGUUUCUCAAAAAUACUUCCAGCUCCAUUCCCUUGAUUUGUGAUCGUCUGUCUGAGCACUGGGGGGCCCCCCGCUUAAGCCCCCCCCCCAUCCUCCCCCUCUAUGCCUUUCUGGGGGCGGAGGGGACGGUGGAUUCAUAACAUGUUUACAUAACGCUCUGUGCUCGUGUGCAUUAACGUCCUCCCUCAGGAACUUAAACUCCAGCAUUCCCGAUAGGAGGAAGCCACGUGCGCCUUUAUUUUAUCGCUGACAUACGUUGUUCACAUGUUCAUGUCGUUGCUAUAGAAUCAGUGGAUAUGUCUAAAGAUAUCAGCAGUUUACACUACAUUAUUCGAGGGAAUGUCAGGUUGAGGUGAACCCAGCCCUUUAUUGCCAUGUGGAUCAGUGGCUUUACGUUGGAAAACUUUCACGAGCAAAGCUGUUUAUAGUGUCAUUUUACACUAUAUACAGGGGAGAUUAAGUAUGUAAAUACAGUGUUCAUAAAUGUAAAUAUUUCUUCCUAACUGGGUUAUUUUUGGUAAUGUUUAAAACUCUGUAGUAAACAUUCAUCAUUUUCUGUACAUAAAAAAUAAAUGUUUUUAUUUAUUUUAGAGUCA